GGCACGGUUCCAAUAAGCCCAGCAAAUACCAUGAAAAUUACAUCGAGCCUCAGAUUCUCAAAAGAUACCGCGUGCGAGCAAGAGAGCCUGAAAUCCUCAAAAAAACCCUAGAAAUAACAAAUUAGAAUUACAUAAUCCCCAAUUCGGCAACCAUUGCAUCUCUUCCUCUAUCGGCAAGAAAAAAAAAAAAAUUCUAGGGUUUUCUAUAAACCCUAGCUCAGAGUACCAGAGCGUGGAGGAAACAGUAAUUUUCAAAGGCCCACGCUGAUGGACUUCGACGAGUACGAUUACUUGGAGAAGGCCGUGGAGGAGAACGACGACCGAGACUCGAAAAGGAAGGCGAAGAAGGAAGGGAGCGAGAAGAGCGAGAGGAGCUACAGGAAGAGAGAGGUUGACGAAGAUGGCGGUGCUGUAGCUGGCGUUGAAGAUGAGGAUAGGAGAAGUAAGAGGUCGAAAGGCGACCAUGAAAAUGGCCGCGAUAAGGAACGGCACCAUCGGAGUGGAAGAGAUAGGGAUAGAGACGGAGAGCGAGAGCGAGAGAGGGAUCGCGACCGUGACAGAGAGAGGGAGAGAGAGAGGAGUAGUAGGGAUAAGGAGAAGGAGAGGGAGAGAGAGAAGGAGAAGAGGGAUAAGGAGAGGGAGAGAGAUAAGGAGAAAGAGAGGGAUAGAGAGAGGAGAGAGAAGGAUAAGGAGAAGGAAAGGGAUAGAGAAAAGGAAAGGGAAAGGGAAAAAAGAGAGAGGGACAGAGAGAGGGACGAGAAAGAGCGGUCCGGGAGGAGCAGGAGUCGGUCCGAUCGUGAAGAGAGGUCGAAGAGAAGCAGGAGUCGGAGUCGGUCUGAUCGCGAAGAGAGGUCAAGGAGAAGUAGGAGUCGGUCCGAUCGUGAUAGGGAAAUUCGAGAAAGGGAACGAGAAAUUGAAAUGCGAGAGAGCAAGAGGUUUAAAGAAAAGAAAGAAGUGGUAGAGCCUGAAGCUGAUCCAGAAAGGGACCAGAGGACUGUUUUUGCUUACCAGAUGCCUCUGAAAGCAACAGAGCGGGAUGUUUAUGAGUUUUUCUCAAAAGCCGGCAAGGUGAGGGAUGUUCGGCUAAUAAUGGACAGGAAUUCUAGACGGUCAAAAGGAGUUGGGUAUAUUGAAUUUUACGAUGCAAUGUCUGUUCCAAUGGCAAUAGCUCUCUCUGGCCAACUGCUUUUUGGACAACCAGUGAUGGUAAAACCUUCUGAGGCUGAAAAGAAUCUUGUUCAAUCCACUGCUUCUACAGGGAGCACAGGUGUCGUAGGACCAUAUGGAGCAGUUGAUAGAAAGCUUUAUGUGGGAAACUUGCAUUUUAACAUGACUGAGAGUCAUCUUAGAGAGAUUUUUGAGCCAUUUGGUCCAGUGGAACUUGUACAGCUGCCACUUGAUCUCGAGACAGGACAGUGCAAGGGUUUUGGUUUUGUUCAGUUUGCUCAACUAGAACAUGCUAAAGCGGCUCAGAGCUUGAAUGGAAAAUUGGAGAUUGCUGGUCGAACUAUUAAGGUUUCAUCUGUUACAGAUCAUGUUGGAGCACAAGACACUGCUGCAAAAUCAGCAGAUUUUGACGAUGAUGAUGGGGGUGGUUUGUCUUUAAAUGCUCAAUCAAGGGCAUUACUUAUGCAAAAGCUGGAUCGGACUGGUAUUGCCUCAAGUAUUGCUGGGUCUCUUGGAGUACCUGUGCUCAAUGGCUCAGCUCCAAAUCAACGACCUGUUAGCUUGCCAAUUAAUGGCCAAGCUGCAGUUUCUGCGCCGGUUCUUCCAGCUCAAGUUCUACCAGUAGAUGCAGUUGGAACCCCUAGUGAAUGUCUACUGUUGAAGAAUUUGUUUGAUCCAGCCACUGAGACGGAACCAGAUUUUGAUAUAGAGAUCAAAGAGGAUGUGGAAGAAGAAUGCUCCAAAUGUGGCACGGUGAAACAUAUUUAUGUUGACAAAAAUAGUGCUGGCUGUGUUUACUUGCGGUUUGAAACUGUGGAAGGGGCAAUGGCUGCUCAACGUGCAAUGCAUCUUAGAUGGUUUGCUGGCAGGCAGAUUUCAGCCUUAUUUAUGCAACCCCAAGUUUACGAGGCCAAAUUUAGAGUUUGAAGACAUGCAGGGGUACCUAAAUUGUGUCUCCUGCGCUUGUGCUUACGGACGUUUCAUGUGGAAGAAUAGCUUUUUGUUUGGCUAUUUUCAACUCGCUCUUUUUGUUUUUUAGUUCAUCUUUAGGGUAUGAACUUCAUAGAAUUGAUUCAUAUACGUACAUACAGUAUGUUAACGUGUAUGUUUUGUCUGUGGUGGAUACCUGUAAUCUUUUUUUUUUUUUUUUUUCCGUCCUUUGAAAUCUGCAUUUUGUAUUAUUUUUAAUAGUCAAAAAUCACAUUUAUUUUCAGCAGGA